AUGGCACCUUCUCUCGAAGAAAGGCCAGAGGCUGUUCAAGAUGUUCUCUCAAAUCCUCUAAAAAACGCUCCCAAGCUUGUCGCCCCAGAACCCGAACAUUGUCCUGGUCCAGAAUCCGAAGCUGCAGGAAAGGCGGACUCUUGCGCUGGUUGUCCCAACCAAGCAAUUUGUGCAUCUGCGCCCAAAGGUCCCGAUCCAGAUAUCCCAGCUAUAACUGCACGUCUUGCAGGAAUCAAACAUAAAGUCUUAAUUCUAUCGGGAAAAGGUGGCGUGGGAAAAAGCACAUUCACCAGUUUACUUGCGCAUGCAUUCGCUACAAAUGAGGAUAAUACAGUGGGAAUCAUGGAUACCGAUAUUUGCGGGCCAAGCAUACCAAAGAUGAUGGGAGUAGAAACGGAGCAAAUACAUGUUAGCGGUGCUGGUUGGAGUCCAGUGUGGGUUAUGGAGAAUCUGGGUGUUAUGAGUGUACAAUUUAUGUUACCAAAUCGAGACGAUGCCGUGAUAUGGAGAGGACCAAAGAAAAAUGGAUUGAUAAAACAGUUUCUGAAGGAUGUGGAGUGGGGAGAGAUGGAUUUCUUAUUGGUGGACACACCUCCAGGAACAAGUGAUGAACAUUUGAGUGUGAACUCAUUUCUUAAGGAAAGUGGGGUGGAUGGAGCUUUAGUGGUUACAACACCACAGGAAGUUUCACUCUUAGAUGUUAGAAAGGAAAUUGACUUUUGUCGCAAGGCGGGAAUUAAGGUAUUAGGGAUCGUGGAGAAUAUGUCAGGAUUCGUCUGUCCGAAAUGCACACACGAAAGUCAAAUAUUCCAAGCUACAACUGGAGGCGCAAGAGCCUUGGCUAAAGAGAUGAAUAUCCCAUUCCUAGGAGCUGUACCACUAGACCCUCGAAUUGGGAUGUCGUGCGAUUAUGGUGAGAGCUUUUUCGAUGCAUGGCCUGAUAGUCCAGCCUGUGCUGCGUUGAAGACAGUUGUUAGAAGACUUGGUGAGGAGAUUGGACUAGAUCCUAAGAGCAUUCUACCUGAGGAUUGA